AAGGUCUGCAGGAGGGAGCAAGAAGUUUGGACUGAGGAACAGGAUGUCCAUUGUUCCUCUGAAAGUGUCUCAGGGAGACACAGGCCGUCCUUUCCCGGUGAUGCCGUGGCUGUCCUCCCCCCGGUGCCCCCCCCUGUCUCCGUGUCAGCGGGAGUGUGAGCGGACCGCCUUCUCCUUCUACUGCGCGGUUCGGGAACAGCUCCCGGUCUGGCUGCUGGAGGAGAUGCGCAGCAUGGAGGUGUUCUGCUGGGACAACGGGGGCCCCAGGGCCUUCCUGCCGUCUGAGGCGCUGCUCUACGCUAUAGUGCACGACCACCAUGACUAUGCGCGCUACCUGCUCAACAGGUACUCCGUGGGCGCGCUCAGGGCGCCGAGCUGCAGCUUCUGCUGCUGCCCGGGCGGCGGCGCGCCGCACCUCACCGUGGCGGUGCGCUACAACCGGGUGGAGAUCCUCAGCAUGAUGACGGAGGCGCUGAAGGACGGCGGCGGCCUGUGGAAGCGGACCGACUACCUGGACGGCUGCGCCGGCUGCGGCCACGCCGCGGACGCGGGAAAGACUGCGGUGCAGCUGGCCGUGGAGCUUUCCCACCCGGACUGCCUGCUGCAGCUGCUGAUCCACGGCGCGCGGCCGGACGGCCUGGAGACGGCGCUGCAGCGGCUAGUGUCCUGCGCGCCUCCGGAGCGCCAGCAAGCGCAGCGCUGCUUGGACCUCCUGCUGCUCUUCCUGUCCGAGCCGCCGCGGCUGCCGUGGCUGCGGGCCGAGCCGCAGCGCUGGCAGGCGGUCCUGGGCAGCCGGGUGUUCAGCUGGCUCUGCGGCAGGGCCCCCUCCCCGCUGCUGCUGCAGGCGCUCAGGUGUCUGGCCCAGUCCGGGUCCGACCGCAUCACUUCGCUGCCGGACUUCCUGCAGCCGCGCAGCUGACAGUGACGUCAGCUCCACAGGACUACUGCGAUUGGACAGUUUGGAUGUGACGUAAAAAACCUGUAAAUAUUCUGUAAAUCUGUAUAUUGAAGUGAAAACUGUUUGGGUCCUGGUUGGGCUUUAACCCGGAUCUAGUUAUCUGAUUGGUUGGAGGAAGAUGGACUGGAACUCCUCACCUCUGGCCCAUUCAGCCCCUUUACUCUGGUGCUCCCCAAUAAACCACCUCAGAUGUCACCUAACAUCAGAGUCCAGAUGGGAUGAGUGAUUCUGAAUGCAGAUGUUCGGUUCUGAGACCAACCAGCAUCAUGAAGUCCAGAGAAGCCUGCAGAGCCCUGAUUGGUCAGGCUUCUGGACAGAGAGAGGUUGGACCACCUGUAGAACUAGAGCACCUAGAGAGCAUGAAUAGGACUAGGGCUGCAACUAACGAUUCUUUUGCAAUGCGAUUAAUCUGUCGAUUAUUUUUUUGAUUAGUUGAUUAAUAAUCGAAUACCCAAAGGUUCCUUAAAGAAGACUUUUUAUGAAAUCUAACCAGGUGAAGCUAAAAAUUUUCGACUUAUCUGAAAAGAACAGAUUGACAGAAAAAUAUUUAUUUUCUUAAAUGCAAAAUGUUAAUAUUUUUUUAAUUACAAUUUUUAUAUAAUUGCUGACCUAAGUGGGUCGCUCUGUUACCUAAAUAAUAAUUAAAUAAAUAUAAUUGAUUCCUAAAUUAGUUGACGAUUAUUUCAAUAAUUGAUUCAUCUGAUUGUUUCCGCCCUGAUCAGGAAGUUCUGGCAGGAUGACUCAUCGACUGUCUGAAUGAACGUAGCCGCUGUCUGUAAACCUGCUGUGUGAGCGCUUUAAUCUGGGUCAGGUCCUUCACUGUGAACAAUCCUGCUCCAAUAAAGCUGAUUGUAAAAGAAAGCCAGGA